AAGCCAUAAAGGAAGGGAACGACAAUUCAUUAAUUUUCUAAAUGUAGGCGACGGGUAUGAAUGGCACGAUAUUUCGGAAUGCAUUAAGAAGAGAUGCAGGAUAAAUGUGCGUCCCGAACGAGGAGAGACAUCACAGCAGUAACGUAAAAACGUACUAUACAUCAGAGGCCCUAACGUCAUAGUCUCGUGUUCCAUGUUGACUGUUAUUGUGCCGUUACACUUGUAGACAAGUCCCUGUCAUUCUCUGCUGUGAAAUACGAACAAGUUAUAUACCUACAUUUACUGGGAUGAUAUAAAAGCUGGGGAUGCUGUAGACUAGGUGUCACAAUUUAACCUUAAUAGUUCAUAUUUUGUUCACAAAUACAUGCCACCUCCAGCUGCCCUUGCAAUCCCCUCAGCUGAGCAUCCCUGUCCACAGAUCCAGGUGCACCUGGAUCUCAUUAUGCUCAUCAGCCACUUAUUCUUAUCAGCCCAGAUUCCCCUGGUGUCAGAUAAGAGCUAUCCCGCAGUUUUCUGAAAAAUGCAAUUGAAGAAUAGUAGAUGGUGAUUUUGGUUUUUCAGUUACGGCAACGGUGUGACACAAUGCCUUUUAGCUUAUCUGUCUACUUAAAUUAAAUGAAAAAAAUUAGUAUAAUAUAAUGUUAAAAAAAUGAUAAAUACUCAAACAAUACUCAAAAACAUGCAUCAAUACAAACAUAUUACUGUGCUGGCAACACAUUUCGUAAUACAGCAGUGAUUUAGGUAAACAUGACAUACUGUCUGAUGCAUGAAUUUAACCAGCGUAUCAAUUGGCUUCUUAUUAGGAACCAUAAACACAGAUCAAUCAAUUAGAACUGGAGACCUGCCGUCUAUGUAUCAAUAUGUGUUGCUGUCUCAGUCCAUGUGACCUGCAGGGUUUGUUUCCUGAUGCAGUUCAAGUCUUCCAGCAGCCAUCCUGCAACACAUGGAGGCAUAUUGUGCACUGACAGCCCCCUCUGAAUAUUUCAUCAUACCCCCCUUUGAGAGAAACGGGGAUCAAGAGAUAGUAGGGAAAAGAUGGAGGGAAGAGCAGCAGGAGGAGUGCAGCAUCAAGGGCCAAAUAGGUGCUGGUCCUGUCCCUUCUCUGCUGAGAAAACGUAUAGUUCUCAAACUCAAAACAGACCUCAUUUCAGUUCAGACUGGCCUUUCUACUGUUAAUCUGAACUCAAGAAUCACCAUCAACAUCACCACUGUGCCUUUUAGUGGUUUCCAUAUCACACAAUGCUGAUGCACUCAAUUAAGUAUUCAGCAAUCGGGCCACUGAGUAAGAAAAACUGCAAAGAGAACUGCGAGGACUCAGAGUAUGCUGACUGUGCUUCACCUGUACGUCAUAUUAUAUAUAUUAGUGAUAGUUCCUGUAGGGUCUAAGGAAUCCAAACAAUGAAGAAUGUAUUACAAUGUCUACUUUAAUCAACAGCUACUGUCACAGUCUUCUCAGAAAAAAACUUUGAUAUAACAGAGAUUUGACAUCAGUCUUUGACUUCACAUGUCAUGAGGGAAGCUUCAACUAUUUCUCCACUAAAUCCUAAAUUUAAAGUUACGUAGAGCCACUAUGUUACAGCCUAUAUUUGCUGCAGAGUUAUGAAACAAUUGUGAGUUUACAGUCAAAAAUGCCAGAGCCUUGUGAGAUAAAGGCACACUGCCCUCUACUGCGUGAAUAGCGGCAUCAUAAAACACACCAGGAAGAUGUGUUAUUUGCAACUGCAUAAAGUCAGCUGGACUAAUCUGAAGUCUGAUUACUUUUGGGAAUAGAUUUUUAAUUGUAUAUUCUUCAGGUCUAGUGUGAUUUUAUUAAGACUCAGAAUAUGGCUUCCAUGAAGUUAUUUCAAGUUUUCCCAGUGUGAUGUGUUAGAAAGGACCAGUAUUACAUUUGAGCUGGAAGUCCUGCCUAUGUCGACUUAUCAUAUGUAUUGCUAUUAUCAAUCUGUAUUUUAAUGCAUAAAGUGCUCAUUUCUCUCUCCUGUAACUACUUUACAGUGUACCUUGCACUAAAAAGUGCUACCAUUUAACACUGACAGGCAACAACUGUCUGGCUUUGAGUAGUUGGCACGUUUGUUCACUUAGCCGUGUCUUACACUAAUGAGUUCGGAGCAAUUAGGUUAAUGUGUUUCAGCUGUGGGCUACUUCUUGGGGGUUGCACAAGUGUUGAAUCAAUGAACGCUGCUGGUGACGUUGCCAAUGAAGCAAUUAAGUUCUUUCACGAGGCUAUAAGACCGGCUGACAAAAGCGGCGGGCUUUCCGUGACAUAUCGUCUUUGGAGACGUAUUCAGAUAAAGAGAAAAAUGAACGGUGUGCCCAGCGGGAAACCUGACGGCGGUCCGCAGCUGCAGCUGUUGAACUGCGCCCACGCGGACUGUGGAGCGACUUUCACCAGACAGUGGAAACUGAAAGAGCACGAGACUGUGCACACCGGAGCGCGCCCGUGUCUCUGUACAAUCGCUGGCUGCGAUCGUCGUUUCACGCGAAAAUCUCACCUGAUGCGCCACAUGCUCAAACACAGAGGGGUGAAGCAAUUCCAAUGCGAAUUUGAGAGCUGCACGGAGAAUUUUUUCCAUGCUGGCAAUCUGAAAAGACACGUGCGCUACAUCCACGGAGACAAAAACGAGUAUUUCAAGUGUAACCAGUCCAACUGCUCACUGACCUUCAAAAAACGCAGAGCGUUUAAACUGCACUUGCAGGAGCAUAAUGUGCCUGCUAAGUCAAAGUGUUCGAAGGACGGAUGCGCUGCCAUGUUCGACUCCCAUAUCGCCCGCAAAGCCCACGAGAAGAAGCAUGCAGGUUACCGCUGCCCUCAUGUUGACUGCCAGGUGUUUGAACACACCUGGGGUAAACUUAGGAAGCACAUGGCCAAACAUCCAGCCACAUUCACAUGCCAAGCAUGUAAGAAGGUGUUUAAGAAAAGGGAUGCUCUGCGGAAGCACAGACGGAUCCACGCUUCCCAUAAGCCCGUGCUGGUUUGUCCCAGGGAUGACUGCCAGGCCUACUUCUCCACAACCUUUAACCUGCAGCACCACAUCCGCAAGGUGCACCUCGAGCUCUUCAAAUACGGAUGCUCCUUCCCUGACUGCCCACGCAAGUUUGCUAUGCGGGAGAGUUUGACCAGACACCUGCUCCGCCAUGACCCAAGCGCCGCCACCCUGAAGAAACGUCAGCGGCCAAAGAAGUCCUGGCAGAAGCGUUUGGAUGGACACCAUCUGCCCCUUGUGGAGGAAAACUUGCGUACCCUCUUCGCCCUGCGCAUGCGGAUCUCCCGACGUGCCAAGGUGGAAACCAACCUCGCAGGCCUCUUCAAUGAACGCAAGAUCCCGCACUAUGUUGACCCAGAAGUCAACCUGCGCAAUCUGUUUGGUAUCAAACCGCCCCGCCCUUUGGAGGAGGAGAAGCCUGAGGUCCUACCACUAAAAGGUUGAAUACAAAUCUAUCCAGACUAGCAGCGCUUCUUCACUGUUAAGUUUGAACUUCCUGAAAUUGGUGAAGGCUUUAAUUUUGACUUUUUUUCUUGAAUUUUCUAGAAUUGGGUCUCUUUGGUUGAGUUUUUCUAAUGUAGCUGGCAUGCAUUAAACUAUUUGAAUUUCAAAGUCAUUAUUUGAAUGUCACUUGACACCUUGAUUAGGAUGUCAAGCUUUUGAGAAUUUCAAAGAUUCAACUGUAGUUCUUGAAUAAAUCAGGUCUGAAUUGAAAUGCUUAUUUUGUACAUGAAU